AUGGAGACGGGAUAUUCACUCUCCGCUCCCAUGGCCGCGGCUUCUGCGCAGCCACCAACUCCCACCAACACUUCUUCGUCACAGGGAUUACCAUCAGCUGAUCUCCCAGGCGUCGACGACGAGCGGACAUCAUGGCCGACCAUGCUUUCCGGGAGCCAUCCUAACCGUUCCAGCCUGGGAGAUAAAUCCUGGCUCCCAGGGGAUGACCGUCUUCCCCGGCUUUACUAUGAAUUCUUCCAUCCAGCACAUCCCAUUCUAGUGCCGAGCAGUUGCUUCAACGAGCGAAAUUACCCUCUCUUUCUCCAGUUGGUCGUGUACUUUGUCGGGUCCCACUACGUCAGCUCCAGUCCCAGUGGCGAACUCAAGACCAAAGUGGCAGCCGAGCUCUCAUCCAACCCUGAACGCUCUCCCUGCAUGGUCCAGGCGUGGCUGAUCUAUGCGAUCGUGCUGACAGCUCGCGGGGAAUGCUACGAAGCCCGAGAGGCGCUGACGCGAGCCAUCGACAUGGCCCUGGAGCUAGGGAUGAACCGACGCGAUUUUGCCGCCUCCGCCCACCCGGAAUGCUCCGUCGAGGCCGAGAGUAUGCGCCGCACGUGGUGGGAACUAUACAUCACCGAGAUCUACAUGGCUGUCUCGCUCAAGUCUGUCACGUUCCGCUGUAGCACUGUGGCCCCAGAGGUCGCGCUUCCCUGUGAAGAGUCCCGCUACACGGGGACUCGUGAGGUCCCGAAACCACACAUGAUCCUCGAUUUUAGGAGGCGGAUCUUCGCGGCCGAUGACCCAGUCUAUUCCUCGUUUAGCUAUCGCAUCGAGGCGAUGAUGAUCCUCUGCCGAGUGCUCAUGCUGAACCACCUCCAAGACUGCCACCGCGAUCAUCUCCAGGCGGUCGAGAACGCACUCGUCAGCUGGAUCAACCAUCUCCCGCCAAAGAAACUAGACAUUGUCGACUCGUACGGAAACAUCGAUGAGAUGAUCUUCCAGGCACACGUGACGAUAGGCUACGCCGCCAUGCUUCUGCAUCUACCCAGAAGCGAGAUGCAGCCGGUCCUGGCGCAGCUGAACAGCGACCGGUUCUGGCCGGCGGCGUCGAAUCAGCUCUCCUCUACGUUCACGCGGAUGGUACACAGCAUCAAGGCCACCGAGGCCUCGCGGCGGGUGUCCGACUCCAUCUCCGUCUGUCCCAACGUCCUCAAACACACGCCCUUCAUCAUCCCCGCCCUGGCUUUGUGCGGGAUGAUCCAACUGGCGACCUGCACCAGCCACUCCGAAGACUGCUUCGACCAUCACUGCAACCGUGUAACGCUGGUCCUGGGCUGUUUGAAAAGUACCCGGCGGACGUGGGAGCUGGGCGAGUCCGCUUAUCAGUACCUCCGAUCGUGCGCAGCCGAAAUCAUGUCCGCGUCAAUCGAACGAUGGAAUGCCACCCCGUUGAACCGGUUUGUGCCUUCGGAACCUGUCCUGACUGAUCAGGAGCGACCUACACAUUCUUCCGGUGCAAUGACACGGUUUUCCGACGGACAAGACUUUCCCGGGCCUGACUUGUUACCGGCUUUUCUAGACCCUACGUGUUACAACACAUCUUUUUUCAGCCCGGUUCCAGAUUUUAAUAUUGCAUGA